GAAAAUGAGUUCGCUUUACUGCCUUUACUCGAGAACUGACCUUGCCAAAGGGACCCCAAGGUUCAUGACAUCACCGUCCCUGCUAUGUCACUCACCGGGCAUGACAUGCCUAUUCCCGAAGGAUGGACCACUUUCGUGCAUCCAGAGGGUGCCCGUUAUUAUGUGAACCAAGAGAAAAGAACAUUCACAGAGAUGGAUAUUCGUAAGCCAGAUAUAGGCGAAGACAUCCAAUACUACAUGGUGUAUUUGCUGGAAGAACUACACCAGACCCUUGAGCAAGGGGGCAUCGUGCUCGACAUGAGCCAGAUUGACCUUGUGGUUGAGCCGAAGGUCUAUGCUGAUGGCGAAUCGGUUGUUUGUUGCUAUUAUUUCGCCAAUCACCGUGAUAGGUGCCUCUUUUGGUUGGACGACUUCAAUGCUGAAGAUAUCAUCUCUGAAUGUAAAGGCGUCGAGAAUCUCUCACAUACACGGCUCGCUAUUGAAGCACAAUAUUGGAGACAUUGGGAUUACUUUCCUAGCCUGUGCCCGGUUACACAAAACAUUGUUGAUGAGCUCACGGGUGUGUUGAUGCAUGCGGCAUGCGACCACUUAACAUCGAUGCAGUCUUCUUUACCAUUUGAUGCCACAGAGCUCAAGGAUCACCUUUCUGUGGUUGACAGAAUCAAGGUCCAUCCCACUCCCCCUGCGGACCAGAUUAUGCAACAAGGUCAUGCUGCCAUUUCCACUUCCCCUGCGGCCCAGAGUAUGCGACGAGGUCACGCUGCCAUUGUUAUUGGCCGCCUCAUGUACACAUUCACUCACAAUCAUUUUGUGAAUUAUCACGGUGAAGACUGCGUGAGGCUGAUGUAUGAACAGACGGUUCAUGGUUGGGAAUAUAAACCAUCUGCGUUUAUGUUCAUUCUUGCACCCCUUCUGUUCUUUGAUCCCGUGGCUCAAAUCCAAGAACUGCAUAAGAUUUUUGUCGACGAGGUUGCUUGCACGACACGGUGGAAUCUAUUCUGUGCAAAAUUCAAAGGGCAGCUUCAGGACUCCAAUCUCUUGGCCACUGUGUUACUCAAUGCCAAUGUUGGGUUUCUCGCUAUCAACACUGUUGACAGAGGCGGUAGAAAUGCUAUUCAGAUGGCAAGCUACAUGUCCUUGGUGACGAGCUUGGGGAGUAUAGUCCUCGGCUUGUUCUUUGUCUCGCAUGAUCGAACCUCUGGAACAAAUACAGCCACGGAAGCGGCAGUAUUUCUAGCAAGACUUCACAAUAAUAAACACGGAAUGGAAAAGCUGGCUAUAAUUUAUAGCCUUCCCAAGGCGUUGCUGAUGUGGGGUAUGGCCUUCUUCUUUGCGGCAUUCUCGAUCGAUUGGUGGACUUCUGGAGACACAAUAUCCAAGACCAUCGUCGGUACUGUGACAGUGGCCGUAUUCGUGAUGAUUGCAAACAGCAUCAUUCGCACCAGGGCAAGAACAAAGUGGUCAUUGCUUCCACCCUGGCUGCGUGGAAGCAUCGACCUGAAAAUGUUGUCUGGUUUAGUUAAUGCUAGGAGGGAUGCCAUGGAGUUCAUGAGGACGAAAAUAGGCCUAUCGCAAGCAAAUCCCGGAGGGGAUGUUCAAAUGUACAGCACCUCCCAGUCAACACUUGCGACUGGUUUCCAACCAGAAAUGCCGGGUUCAGGCGGCCAUAACAAUCACCCCUACCCCCCCUACCCUCCUGUUCAGCCAUACCACUCCACCGCUUCCGUUCAUUCUCAGCAACCACAUGACGGUAACUCCGUGCUGCCAUCAUUGGACCCACACAUCGGCCCAGGUGUUCUGUCGGGCGCAGGCGCUUUGCAACAGAUUCAAGAAGACAUCCCCACCGAUUUCCAGGACCAGUCUACCACGGAGGCUCGCUGCGAGCCCCAUAGUGCCCUCUUAGGCGGGCACUUCAACACGUCGCCAAGCUCUGCGUCAGAGGAGAUUACAAGCACAGCGGCCAGUGCAAUAUGUCGUUCCGAUGCUCUCCCAACCAUGGCCACCAUCCUGCCCGAGCAUGAAAUACAAACCGCAGCGGUAGCUGAUACGGACGCACCCAUACCGACUGGUUCAUUGUGUACAGAAGAGAGAGAGGGUGUUACAUACACCGAGAACGUGGUCGAAGAGCCCGGGGAACUUGAACAUCGUCCACCUUCGCCGAGCCCGCCGCCACUUCCAAAUGAAGUUCCAAGGAUCUUUGCUCGAGGCGCCACUGGUGACGAGUUCCAACAUGCGCCAGCGGCUCCCAGAUGGACGCUACAAGACGGUCAAGACAUCCUAGAGGAGCCCCAAGAGUAGGAAUACACAUUAGCUCUGAUGGCGGGUCAUGAACUUGACAUGAGGGCCGUUAAGCUCAUUGUUCAACCAACAGUGGCAAAUUUAUAUAAAGUCUGCAUUAAAUCCCAUGUUCCAAUUGUAAUUUAUAACCACACGUACAUAUCUUAUGUCGCCGAGAUCAGUGAGAUGAAAAUAAAAUAUUUGGCUGUUGAA